AAAGUUUAUUCAGAGAGAGAUGAGUCUUCUUUCUCCUUUACAGUGAGUCCACUACGUUUCUCUUUCUUCCUUUCUGAUGGUAAUUUUGAAUUUUUGAUAUUUACAAUUCAAUCCCUAGAAUUCUCUUCGAUUUUUCAUCAUUAUCGCCUACUGUCACUUCUCUUACUCUCUCUUUAUCAUAACAAUUCUCUCUCUGUUCCUUUGAAGCAAGCUUUGUUCGUUUCUCUUUGCCAUUCCGAUUCGCAUUGGAUGCAUUAGUUCGAUCCAUUUUCUCUAUUUCUUUUAACUAAAAUUUGCACGGGUUCUUUCUCAAUUGGGAAAUUUUGGGGGAUCUGCGCUCGGGACGCCUGGAAUCAACAUGAUCUAUCCUUCAGAGGUGUAGCCAAUCAACGGUUUGGAUCCGAUUGGAGGACAAACAGCGCCAUCAGAUGGCGCUGUUUAGACGCUUCUUUUAUCGGAAACCACCGGAUCGGCUUCUUGAGAUCUCCGAGCGUGUCUACGUCUUUGACUGUUGCUUCUCCACCGAUGUAUUGGAAGAAGAUGAGUACAAGGUUUACAUGGGUGGGAUUGUGGCACAACUGCAAGACCACUUUCCUGAAGCUUCUUUCAUGGUAUUUAACUUUAGAGAAGGGGAAAGGCGGAGCCAAAUUUCGGAUGUAUUGUCUCAGUACGACAUGACAGUUAUGGAUUAUCCUCGCCAAUAUGAAGGAUGUCCUCUGUUGCCACUGGAGAUGAUCCAUCACUUCCUCAGAUCGAGUGAAAGCUGGUUGUCCUUGGAGGGACAACAAAAUGUGUUGUUGAUGCAUUGUGAGAGAGGAGGAUGGCCUGUGCUUGCGUUCAUGCUUGCUGGUCUUUUGCUAUACCGGAAACAGUACACUGGAGAGCUGAAGACUUUGGAGAUGGUUUACAAGCAAGCCCCUAGGGAACAUCUCCAUCAUUUGUCUCCUUUAAACCCACAGCCUUCUCAAAUGAGAUACCUUCAGUACAUUUCUAAAAGGAAUAUGAAUUCUGAUUGGCCUCCAUCUGAUACACCUCUACUUUUGGACUGCUUGAUACUUAGAGUCCUUCCAAUUUAUGGGGGAAAAGGUUGCAGACCAGUUAUACGUGUUUAUGGCCAGGAUCCUAAAAUACCAGCCAAUAGAAGUUCGAAACUUCUGUUUUCAACUUUAAAGACAAAGCAACAAGUCCGCAGCUAUCUACAGGAUGAUUGUGCACUGGUGAAAAUAGAUAUUCAUUGCCGAGUUCAAGGGGAUGUUGUUCUUGAGUGCAUCCAUUUGGAGGAUGAUCUGUUACAUGAAGAGAUGAUUUUCAGAGCUAUGUUUCACACUGCUUUUGUGCGAGCAAAUAUUUUGAUGCUCAGCAGGGAUGAAGUUGAUGCCUUAUGGGAUGCCAAGGACCAAUUCCCAAGGGACUUCAAAGCAGAGGUUCUUUUUUCGGAUGCUGAUGCUGUUGUGCCUCUCACCACAGUCGUGGCAAGUGGAGAUGGUAAUGAGACAGAAAGUGCUUCUCCUGAAGAAUUCUUUGAGGUGGAAGAGAUCUUCAGCAAUGUUGUAGAUGGUCAGGAGGCAAAGGGAGACUAUGAUAGGCAAGAAGUUAGUGUCCAUACAGCAAAUGAUAUAGACAAAAAAGAAGUUUGGAAGGAAGAUUUUGAACCUCAUUCGUUUCAAGAUUGCUCAUCAGAUGAUGGGAUUCACAAACUUGAUGUGAAGGUGGACCCUAAUUUCGAUGCAGUGAAGGACAUUACUGUUGAUGAUGUGAAGUACACACUAGAUGGGAAAGCAGAUUAUGAUAUUUAUGCAGUGAAAGACAUAACCGUGGAUGACGGUGAUCCCAAAUUUGAUACCAUGGUAGUUGCUGAUAAUGUGGUUAGGGACAUUGAAAGCAAGGAACUGAUCAAAGAUGUGUGUGAAAAAAUCGAAGAGAUUGACGGAAAAGGCGACAGAGAAGAUGGUGCUGUGCAAAAGAAUUUAGAAUCCAAGGGUCCACAGAGGCAAAAAUCUGACAAAGUGCUGCCUCCUACCCCUAAGAAACAGCCUACACCAAACACAAAACCAGCAUCAGAUACAGUUCUAGUCAAACAAAAAGUUAAACAGCAAGAACCCCCAGUUGCUAAUUUAAGAAUGGCAAAACCAAAUACAGUAUCUAGGUGGAUCCCUUCGAAUAAAGGUUCAUAUACCAAUUCAAUGCAUGUAUCAUAUCCACCUGCAAGAUAUAACAGUGCACCACCUGCUCUUGCUUUAACUUCUAAAGAAUCUGGUUCAGGUGCUAAUUCAAAGGGUUCUUCUCCUCUCAUGUCACCUGGGGUGGUGGUUUCAAAAGAUGUAACAACUGAAAAGACAGGGCAAAAGGGGGAACCUUUAAAUUCAGCUAGUAGCUCACCCCCACUUUUAUCACAAUCUCCUGGUCCACAGAAAGUAGUACCCUCUACUCCAGUUUCUCCACCACCUCCACCACCACCACCUCCACCUCCACCUCCACCUCCACCUCCACUUCCACCUUAUUCAAACAGUUCAAUGUUAGGUACUUUUCCACCCAAGUCUUCCAUUCCACUUUCCUUCUCUUUGCAGGGUACCGCAUCUGAUAACCUACCAACACCAACAAUUAAUGAGGUUUAUAAAUUUUACCCUCCACCCCGUCCACCACCUCCGCCUUUCACCUCACGACAAAAUAUUAGGUCUAUUUCGCACCCUGAACCUUCACUGUCCCUUCCCCCAUCAUUUCCUCUUGCAUUUGGUCAACAAAAAAAUGGGAUGGUUCUGCCUCCUCCACCACCUCCACCACCUUGGAAAUCAGAAAAUUCUUUAGUUAACCUUACUACUUUAACAACUUCUCCAUCACCACCUCAACCACCACCACCACCACCACCACCACCACCACCUCCUCGUAUGAGUGGUUCAAGCCUUGGAGUUGGAAUUCUUGUGCCGCCUCCACCGCCCCCUCGACCUAUGCGAGGUAGUCCACCCCCACCUCCCCCUCCUCCUCCCCUGCCCCCGCCCUCGCCCCCUCCUAGUCGUGGAGCUCUAUCUCUACCUCCACCUAUGCAUGGGUCUCCACCACCCCCACGCCCACCCCCACUUUUGCAUGGACCUCCAGCUCCUCCUCCACCACCACCACCACCACCACCACCAUCAGUAUCUAGAGCUUCUCCUCCACUACCACAAUCAAUACCUAGAGCUCCUCCAUCACCACCUCCUCCGCCUCCACCAAUGCUUAGAGCUCCACCACCUCCUCCUCCUCCUCCUCCUCCACCACCACCACCACCACCACCUCCACCAAGGCUUGGAACCCCACCUCCACCACCUCCUCCAAUGCAGGAAGCCUCUCCUCCAACACAUGGAGCCCCACCACCACCACCUCCUCCAAUGCUAGGAACCCCACCUCCACCACCUCCUCCAAUGCGGGAAGCCUCUCCUCCAACACGUGGAGCCCCACCACCACCACCUCCUCCAAUGCUAGGAACCCCGCCUCCACCACCUCCUUUGUUGCAUGGAGCUCCACCUCCUCCUGGAGGUCAUGCACAUGGCCCUCCUCCUCCACCUAUACCUCCAGGUGGCUCAGCCUCUCCUCCUCCACCUCCACCCUUGGGUGCUAGAGGACCUUCUGUUUCAGCCCCUCCACCUCCAAGAGGUCAUGGACUUUUGCGUUCUACUGGGAUUUCAGCAGCUAUGGGUGGCGCACCACGAAGGUCUUCCUUGAAGCCUCUACAUUGGAGUAAAGUAACAAGGGCAUUACAAGGAAGCUUAUGGGAAGAAUUGCAAAGGCAUGGAGAGCCUCCAACUGCACCAGAAUUUGAUGUCUCUGAGAUAGAGAGCCUCUUCUCUGCAACAGUCCCAAAAUCUGCUGACUCGGGUAAAGACGGAGGGCGUCGCAAGUCUGUUGGGUCCAAACCUGAUAAAGUCCACCUGAUUGACCUGAGAAGGGCCAAUAACACGGAAAUUAUGCUCACAAAAGUUAAGAUGCCACUUUCUGAUAUGAUGGCUGCUGUAAUAGCAAUGGAUGAGUCAGCAUUAGAUGUUGAUCAAGUGGAAAAUCUUAUUAAGUUUUGUCCAACAAAAGAGGAGAUAGAAUUACUUAAGAACUACACUGGUGACAAGGAGAACUUGGGGAAGUGUGAACAGUACUUUCUGGAGCUGAUGAAAGUGCCCCGAGUUGAGUCAAAACUAAGAGUAUUUGCUUUCAAGAUUCAGUUCGGCUCUCAGAUUUCAGAAUUUAAAAAGAGUUUGAAUACUGUGAACUCUGCAUGUGAGGAGGUACGGAAUUCAGUCAAAUUGAAGGAAAUUAUGAAGAAGAUUCUUUAUUUGGGGAAUACAUUGAACCAAGGAACUGCAAGGGGUUCUGCUGUUGGAUUUAAGCUGGACAGUCUUUUAAAACUCACAGAUACUCGUGCAACUAAUACCAAGAUGACACUGAUGCAUUAUUUAUGUAAGGUCCUUGCUGCUAAAUCUCCAGCUCUUCUGGAUUUUCACUUGGAUCUUGUUAGCCUCGAACCUGCAACUAAGAUACAACUGAAAUCUUUAGCUGAAGAAAUGCAAGCUAUAAUCAAGGGAUUAGAAAAGGUCAGGCAGGAGAUGGGAGCAUCUGAAAAUGAUGGUCCCGUGUCCGAAGUUUUCCGUGAGACACUGAAAGGAUUUAUUUCUGUUGCUGAGGCUGAGGUGGCAUCUGUAACAAAAUUUUAUUCUGUUGUGGGUAGAAAUGCAGAUGCCCUUGCACUGUACUUUGGUGAGGAUCCUGCUCGCUGUCCAUUUGAGCAAGUUACUUCAACUCUUUCAAAUUUUGUGGUGUUGUUCCGGAAAUCACAUGAAGAGAAUUUGAAACAGGCAGAAUUGGAGAAGAAGAAAGCUGAGAAAGAGGCUGAAAUGGAGAAGGCCAAAGGAAUUAAUCUUACAAAAAAGAGUGUGAAAUAGCUGAUGAGUGAUUUCUUUCUAUCUCCAUGGGAAAUUUAACGCCCGGCAUACAGCAGAAGUUCAUCUCUAUAUUUUAUUUGAGUGACAACAAAAUGACACUGCUGUCUGGAGUGGUUGAACCCACUCUCCAGUACCGGUGCAAUGCUAAGCCUUCGAACGUGAUGUAAAUGAGGUAAGUUCACUCCUCGAAAUGUGCAGACGCAAAACCGUGUGAAAGCUCUUCCUGUACAAGUUUGAGAGAAUGCUAUUCAAUGCAUGAUCAUGGUCAGACAUAACCUGUCAAAGCAUAAUUAAGGUGGUUGAUAUGUCACACGUGUUCUCCAAUGAUGUAUCUGACAUCAUUUCAGGUGAAAUUUUUGUAGUUCUGGCCAGUCCCUCCUGAGGUAGGCUUUUUGGUUUGGCCUCUGCCAUUGGUUUCUAAUAUUUUGCAGCAUGGGAGCCAAUGCCUUUGGAAUUGUAAAGCGUCGAGACCGCCUGCUGUACCACGCAACCAUGUACAAAUUUCUAACCCUUAAUUUAGUUAGGAUUCAAUUCUUUUCCUUGUAACAUAGAAGCUAAUUCUUGUUCUAGUAGUUGAGAUCUUGAGGGAAGCCCAGCAGGAAAAAAUUAUUGUAUAGGUUGACAAGGUCCGUUAUAGAGAAAUUAGAAGAGGGGGGCUUUCUCCAGUGUAAUUGUAAUAUAACAGCAAAAUAUAGGCUGCAGUUUUGAAACACCUUGUUUCUUCAAUCAAAAUUAUAGUUAAAAAUUAAAUCAAACGAUGUUUUCAUUUUCA